ACCCCAGCUUGCGGGCUUGGGCGCCAUCAUCGGAAGAGGAGGCGCCAUGGCGGUGGAGAAGACGGUUGCGCCUCUGGGCUCCUCCGCUUCAAUCUCGCGCUUCCAAAGGAUCGUCCUCGCAUGGGACUAUCUCCGCCUCCUCCGUGACUCCACUAAGAAGGAUUCCAAGGAUAAAUCCCGUGACGGGCUUCAGAGAGUGAAGAACACGUAUAGAGACGUGGAGGACUAUAUCGGUGUGUUUGAGCCGCUGUUAUUCGAGGAGGUGAAGGCCCAGAUCGUCCAGGGAAAAGAUGAGGAUGAAGCGUUGGCAUGGGAGAAAGGUGCGGUGGAUAGCUGCACGGAGGCUGAUGAGUUCCAUAAGGUUUCGAUGGCAGUGCGUGAUGAGUUUCGGGAGGAGUUGUCCGAAAAUGAUCUCUUACUUCUCUCGAAGGAGAAGUUUCAAGAGGGUGCAUCACCAAGUACAUAUGCCUUCGCAAUAGUUGAGCAACGUGGUGGUAGGGAAAUGCUUACUCUUCGCGCAUUUCUUGCUGGGGAUGUGAAGGAAUUGAAUGGAAAUGAAGUUGAGCACUCCGCUAGGCUAUUGAAGAUGCUUGCUGUUCUUAAAAUUAGGGAGAGCUUCUUGUGGAUUCUAAAGAUUUGCAGUUUGUCAACCAUCAUGCGUGAAUAUGUGGCAAUGCAUUCAGUUACAUCCCUCCCCUUCAAGGACCUCAUAUUAUCAGCCACAGAUAAGCCUGGUUAUAAAAAUUCUGAAGAUCGUGCUUGGAAUAUUCCACAACCGCUCAUGGAAUUCUUUGAAAGUAAUCUCAAUGAUUCACAGUUAGAAGCCAUACAUGCAGGUCUUUCACGCAAACCUUUUGUUCUGAUACAGGGUCCUCCAGGAACAGGGAAAACACAAACUAUUCUUGGACUUCUUAGUGCUGUCCUUCAUGCAGCUCCUGCGAGAGUGCAAUCUGGGGGUGGAUCAUCCAUUGUGAAAUGUCAGCAGGAAAUGAACAUCCAGGACAAGUAUUAUCACUGGACGAAAGCAUCCCCAUGGUUGACAGGUGUUAACCCAAGAGAUAUGAUUAUGCCUAUUGAUGGUGAUGAUGGAUUUUUCCCCACUGGGAAUGAAUUGAAGCCGGAGGUUGUGAAGUCUAACCGCAAGUACAGGGCCCAUGUGCUAGUUUGUGCUCCAUCAAAUUCUGCAUUGGAUGAGAUUGUUUUGCGUGUUCUGCAGACAGGUAUUCAUGAUGAAAAUGAUCGAGUAUAUAAUCCCAAAAUUGUGAGAAUUGGUCUAAAGCCACAUCACUCUGUGCAAGCAGUUUCUAUUGAUUACCUUGUGGAACAAAAACUUGCUAGUGUGGAUCAAUCCUCUGGUGUCAAGAAACCUGGGUCUGGCAGAGCAGUCGAUCGUGAUCGAAUUCGUGCUUCUAUUCUUGAUGAAGCCGCUAUUGUUUUCUCCACUCUUAGUUUUAGUGGCUCAGCUUUAUUCAGUAGAAUGAAUCGUGUGUUUGAUAUUGUUAUCAUUGAUGAAGCUGCACAAGCUGUAGAACCAGCAACUCUUGUCCCUCUGGCUCACGGAUGCAGACAAGUAUUUCUUGUUGGUGAUCCUGUUCAACUGCCAGCUACUGUAAUUUCUUCUACUGCUGAGAAACUUGGGUAUGGAACGAGCUUGUUUAAGAGAUUUCAAGGAGCUGGCUUUCCUGUACAGAUGCUCAAAACACAGUACCGCAUGCAUCCUGAGAUAAGUAUCUUCCCGUCAAAAGAAUUUUAUGAUGGUUCUCUUGAAAAUGGAUCUUUGGUCGAAAGACAGACAAAACGUCAGUGGCAUGCCUAUCGUUGCUUUGGGCCAUUUUGUUUCUUUGAUAUUGAUGGAACAGAGUCCCAACCAUCUGGUAGUGGUUCUUGGGUGAACGAAGAAGAGGUCGACUUCAUAAUUCUCUUGUAUCAUAAAUUAGUGAACCAAUACACAGAGUUACGAUCCAGUUCUCAGCUGGCAAUUAUAUCUCCAUACCGAUAUCAAGUGAAGCUUUUGCGUGACCGUAUUCGUGAAAAUUUCGGGGAGCGCUCAGAUCACUUAGUAGAUAUUAAUACUGUCGAUGGUUUCCAGGGAAGGGAAAAAGAUGUUGCCAUUUUUUCUUGCGUGCGAGCAAACAAGGGCAAAGGUAUUGGUUUCGUAUCUGAUUUCCGGCGAAUGAAUGUGGGUAUAACCAGAGCAAGAUCCUCCGUCCUGGUUGUUGGUUCUGCGUCAACAUUGAUCCAAGAUGAUCACUGGAAGAACCUUGUGUCCAGUGCUAAAGAUCGAAAUUGUUACUUCAAGGUUACAAAACCUUAUGCCGCGUUUUUCAAUGACUCUAAUUUGGAGUCCUUCCGUGUAAAAUCAUCGGAAAUUAUGAAAGAAGAGAUGGUAAAAAAAAUGGAAGAGAAAAUGGUUGAAAUGAUAGACGUCGGAAAUGCAGGCGACGAGGAUGGAGGUGUUGAAGAAGAUGAUUUUCCAAUGGAUAUUGAUGAUGGAGGUCCGGAUGAAUAAACAUGAUAAUGCCCAAUUUUUGAAGAUUUUUCACAUGCAUGCUCUUUGCUAUUUAUUAUAAGGGCCAUGAGCUACAUUCUCAAAUAAGCAUUUUUUGUCUUUUUAUUUUAUUCUUUUGCCUAGAUAGCAAAUUUCAUAAACUAGGUGACUUUGAUUAAAGCUCAAUUGUAUAAGUUCAGACAUCAGGGUAGGACUGUAGCUUACUGCAUCUGCAACGCAGGGUUUGUUAGGAGGUAUUUAAUAAUUUAGGACUUCAAUUUAUGUAUAAUAAGAAUUUGGAGAUUAUUAGAUUUAAAGGUGUAUGCUUAAGAAUAUAAUUUGAUACCUUACUUUUUAAUAAGAAUGU